AGGCCAAAAUACAUAGUCCAUCUCCGAUAGUAUCUUGGUCAUUUCGAGCUCGUAGCCGCCCAGCAUUAACCACCCCGGCAACUCCCGUCGGUCUGACUGAGAUCCUCCUUUACCAUUGGUCUCUGCUCUUUCUGAUGUAUAGGAAGCUAUCUUUGUUCACCAGAGCAAACUACGCUCGCAAUGAACCUCGCUCUUCCUCCGAAAGACUCCUGAGGCAUCUCAGCACGGCUGUUGAAAGGUUAGGUUUUUCAAACCCUAAUGAACACCGAGUCGAUGAUGAUUCAUCACAUACCUCCGCCGAUAUAAACCCUAGAGCAGGGUUCAACGGAAACGAAGUCAGUGUUCGGACACAACAGAGUCAGAGUUCUUGGUCUCGGAACCUCAAUUCCAACAGCGAUUACUGGACAAGCUCUGAUUACAACAGAAACGGUUGGCACUCAGGUAAUAACGAGGUCGAAGAAACGCUUGGAGAGUUCGAUUCGUAUUGCGAAAACUAUCUUCUCAAAAAGGCUAUAGAGUCUAUGGAAUCGUUGGAGAAUAUGGGCCAUGUCGUGGAUUUGCCUAGGCUCUUACGGUUAGUGCGUCUAUGUGGAGAAGAACAUCUUUCUCUAGAAGACAACCUUUUGCGAGAAGCCAAGGUCUCUCUUCAGGGGAAGAUCAGAGCGUGGGCUCACCAUUCGGAUGCUAACUACUUGAAGUAUUACACCGACCUUGUGAUUGAGGAGUUUGACGCGUUUUGCAGACAAGGGAAUGUCAAAAAGGCUCUGUAUACGAUGGAUACGUUGGCUAGUUUGAGUCAUCCUGUGGAUUUAGCUAGGCUUAUGCGAUUAGCUAAGCUGUGUGGGGAAGUAGAGGCUUCACAAGAAGCCAAGUUCGUUCAUGGGAAGAUUAUCUCCUUAGGCUGCGGUUUGGAUGUGAGUUCAUAUCAUGUUUUGAUAGAGAUGUACUCCAACUGUGGGAUGAUGAACGAAGCAUCGAGUGUUUUUGAGGAAAUGCGUGAGAAGACUCUGGAGACUUGGUGCGUUAUGAUAAGAUGUUUGGCGAAGAACGGACUAGGAGAAGACGCUAUCGAUAUGUUUACUCGUUUCAAAAAAAACCAAGGAAACAAACCCGACGGUGGACUGUUCAGAGGAGUGUUCUAUGCGUGCGGGUUGCUAGGUGAUGUUGACGAGGGAUUGUUGCAUUUUGUGUCGAUGUCCAAAGACUAUGGCAUCGUUCCUACCAUGGAGGACUAUGUAAGCGUCGUUGAGAUGUUGGCCUUACCAGGAUUGUUAGACGAGGCUUUAGCGUUUGUUGAGAGAAUGCCCAUGGAGCCAAAUGUCGAUGUGUGGGAAACACUGAUGAACCUCUCUCGAGUACAUGGAGAUCUGGAGCUUGGAGAUCGGUGCGCUGAGAUUGUCGAGGAGCUAGAUCCUACGCGGUUGAACCAACAGGCAAGGGACGGUUAUCUUCCGGUUAAGGCAUCAGAUGUUGAGAAAGCGAGUCUGAAGAAAAGAUCAGGGAUUCAUGGUCUUGGCAGAAUCUCAAACAGUAGGACGCAUGAAUAUAGAGCAGGGGACACCAAUCUACCUGAGAACGAUGAGCUUUUACAGAUAUUGAGAAACUUAAGGACGCAUAUGGUAGAGAGGGGCUACGUCUGUCAAACAAAAUUAGCUUUGCACGAUGUAGACGAAGAGAGUAAAGAGAAUGCACUUCUUGCACAUAGCGAGAGAAUAGCCUUUGCUCGUGCUCUUCUCAACACUCCACCUCGUAAUCAGUUCACGAUCAUGAAAAACCUUCGUGUGUGUAUUGAUUGUCAUAACGCCUUCAAGAUUAUGGCGGAUAUAGUUGGUAGACCAGUGAUCAUGCGAGAUGCAAAGAGAUUCCACCAUCUCAAAGAUGGAGCAUGCAGCUGCAAGGACUAUUGGUGAUUUAACGAAUAACCUUUGAGGUUCGUUCUAUUGGUUGUCUGCGUUGAAAAGCGUUUCGCACUCUGCUUUUUGUUUAUCCAAUUCUUUAAAACACAUUUCCAUAAUGUCUUCAUACGUGCAUCAUAAGCAGCAACUUUCUACCAUUACCAUUACUACUGUUGUCGUAGAUCAAUCUCAGCUUCUGUUUGUGUUCAGGUUACAUGAUCAGCUAUGUCGUGAAUGCUGUAUACUUCUUGUUCUGGAUAAUAUUAUCAACAUGUUUCUGGCU